UAGCGUACAACAGCGAUUGUUUGCUUUUUAGAACAAAAUCAACAUUUUUUUCUAUAAUUUCGCUUUUCUUAAAGAGAUAAAUAUGAGCGCAGCAAAAUAACUGGUCUCAUAAUUUUAAGAUAUUUCUUCUAUAGAUUCAAGACUAAUUAACAUGGAUUACGUGUUUAUGAAGCCGGUUCAGCCUCACGUCUUUAAGGCAUUAAAAGAUGUGGAUAUUGAAACUCUCACAAGAUGCUCUUCGGAUGAAAUACGGCCAAUUAUACCUUGUCUCGUUCGAAUGGCUCUAAUAGCUCCUUUAGACAUUACUGGAUACUGUGCGGAAGCAAAAAAAGAUAUUCUUACGUUAUUGUCUGGAAUAGACCUAGUGAACUUUAUAGUAUCUUUAUUGUCAAUUGAAUUCCAUGCUCUAGAAGUUGAUUUGAAGAAAGAACAGCAGAUGCGCCAGAAGAGUGGAUCACAAUGUACUGAAUCGUUUUUAAUCCAGAAUGUUGUAAAUGGAAUAGCUAAUGAUUUUGAACAAUCCGAUUCAGCGAGACGUGUCCGUUUGGUAUUAUCAGAACUGUUGCAAAUGCAAGCUCAACUUACUGAGUAUAAUCAAAAUAAAACUACAAAUGCCGACAGUCCAGUCAAACCAUCAGAAUUGUUUGAUAAUGAUGUAUAUUUAGAGGAGAUAACAGAUGUGAUUUGUAUAACCCUUGCAGAACUUCCGAACUUGCUUAAUAUAUGUGAUAUUGUGGAAGUACUUUUACAUGUAAAUAAAGGCCCAGUUAUAAUUUCCUGGGUUGUAGCCAAUAUGCCGGAUACUUUACAAGAAGUGGCAGAGUCUCUUGUUCUUAAUGCUGAAAGGAGUGAGGAAGGUGGUAUUCGGGCAAAAACUUUAAUGACACUUUGUGCUGCUUGCCCUUACAUAUCUGCUUCAGUGAGGGCAAAGGCCGUGUCAGCCUCCCAUUUGCCCUCUCUAGUCAUCAACCUUACUUUAACACAUCAUCAAGAUGAUUUGGUAUUUUUCAUAUCCAGUUUGUUACUGGGCUCUGACCAGGGCAUAAGGUCAUGGUUCGCUACCUUUUUACGAAACUCUCAUAAAAGAGGAAAAGGAGAUGGACAUGCAGCCUUACUGAAGUUGCGCCAAGAACUUUUGAGUAGGCUUAAAGAGUCUACAGCAGGAGUCGACGCCUCUGCAUUACUUAGGCUGUAUUGUGCAUUCAGAGGCAUUGCAGGCAUCAAGUUCCAAGAUGAUGAAGUUUCUGGUCUUCUUAGGCUUGUUACUCAGAAGCCUCCACCUACACCAGCUGGUGUGAGAUUCGUAUCUCUCAGUCUGUGUAUGAUACUUGCUUGUCCAUCACUUAUGACUGCACCAGACCAUGAAAAGAAAGCAAUUGAAUGGGUGCAAUGGCUUGUUAAGGAGGAGGCAUAUUUUGAAAGUAACUCCGGUGUGACGGCGUCCUUCGGGGAGAUGCUGUUGCUGAUCGCCAUCCACUUCCAUUCUGGUCAGUUGGCAGCUGUCGGUGAGCUGGUCUGCGCUACACUGGGGAUGCGGGUCCCCGUACGACCCAAUGGUUUGGCGCGCAUCAAGCAGGCCUUCACGCAAGAAAUAUUUACGGAACAGGUUGUCACCGCUCAUGCAGUCAAAGUCCCCGUCACUGCAAAUCUUAACAGCAACAUAAACGGCUACCUCCCUGUGCACUGCAUUCAUCAGUUACUAAAAUCCAGGGCAUUUUCUAAACAUAAAGUUCCGAUUAAAAAUUGGAUCUACCGACAAAUCUGCAGUUGCAUAGCGCCCUUACAUCCUGUCAUGCCAGCUCUGGUCGAGGUGUACGUCAACUCCAUACUCGUCACCAAUAACAAGGGAACAAAUGAGUAUUUCAAUCAACCAAUCACCGAAGAGGAGAUCCGACGCGUCUUCCGUAAUUCCAUUUUCGGCGUAAAUUUUGACUCCAUAAAUAAACAUAAAGAAUUCACUCCUAUGGAUGUCGACGGAGAAUCGAUCGAAAUAAAUAUCGAGAAGCCGACACUGGCUUCUCAAUUGCUGCUAAUAUAUUACCUACUACUUUACGAGGAUGUAAGAUUAAACAAUGCCGCAACGCUUAUCGCUAAUGGCAGGAAAAUUAAAAGCUACUCCACCGCCUUUCUGUCCGAGUUACCUAUAAAGUAUCUUUUGCAUCAAGCGCAAAAGGAUCAAAUGAGCUACGGGGGGCUUUUCAGUCCCCUGCUUCGUCUUCUGGCGACGCAUUUCCCGCAGUUGUCGCUCGUCGACGACUGGAUGGACGACCAAGUGUUCGGCGACUCUUGCCGUCAACGAGUGGACAUCGUUCUAUCCGAUACGUCAAUAGACGAAGCUUUUCAAUGUAUCGAAGAAAAUCCAUAUCGAACUGGUAAAGUAUUGAAGGCUAUGCUCAGCAAAAACCCUACCGAUAUAUGGCCAUUCGCGGAGAUGACCGUCAAAUACAUCAGGAGCGUUCUGGGCGAGCAAGUCCCGCGGCACAUACAGGAGCUCUACCGCGAAGUUUGGCUGCGACUCAACACCGUACUACCGCGCUGCCUCUGGAUCAUGACUAUUAAUGCUCUGCUCGAUAUCAACAACGGAAAUGCAAAGAACGUAACCGUAACGCAAGAAAAUGUUUUGGUGGAUCCACUGCAGGUGUUGAGGUGCGACGUACGCGUUUUUAGAUGCGGCCCUAUACUAAAAAUAGUUCUCAGAAUUCUAGAAGCUAGUUUGGCCGCCUCUAGGAGUCAAUUGAGUCGUCACCUGCUAGAUAAACCGCUUCUAGAAAAAAGUGGACAGCUGACAUCCGAUGCAGAAAGAGAGGAAUUAAAGAAUGCGCUCGUCGCAGCUCAGGAGAGCGCCGCGUUGCAAAUUCUUUUGGAAGCUUGUCUAGAAACUGAGGAGGACCAGUCUAAGCCGGAACUUAUGUGGUCUUUGCGAGAAGUGAGAAGCAUUAUUUGUUCAUUUUUGCAUCAGAUAUUUAUUUCGGAACCCGCCCUGGCGAAACUGGUUCAUUUUCAGGGGUAUCCUCGGGAGCUGCUCUCUGUUACCGUUCAGGGAAUACCGUCGAUGCAUAUUUGUUUAGAUUUUAUACCGGAAUUGCUCAGCCAGGCUUCUUUGGAGAAGCAAAUAUUCGCAGUGGAUCUAGUAUCGCACUUAUCUAUUCAGUAUGCCUUGCCCAAGGCUAUGUCUAUAGCGAGGCUGUGCGUGAAUACGCUUUCUACACUUCUAUCGGUGCUUCCGAGCGACAUGCGUCUGGAACUGUUCCAGCCUGUGCUCAAAUCUCUUGUCAGAAUAUGCACGGCUUUUCCGUCGUUACUAGACGAUAUAACUUCUCUGCUCCUCCAGCUGGCCAGAAUUUGUAGGUCGCAAGCGUCACUGGGGCAUUGUUGGAACGAUACCCCCAUACUGGGCGAGAAUGCUUACGUACAAUCGGAAAUACAGAGUGACACGAAGGUGCUAGUAGCGGAAGUGUUAACGAGAGACAUCAGAGAAACCAUGUCUGAAAUUAUUCAAAAAGCUCUGUUAAAUGACAAAAUUUAUUAAAGAGGGAAGCAAAAU